AUGUCUAAUUUAUAUGGGGAUUUUAAUCAGAAGAUUGAUUAUGUAUUUAAGAUUGUAUUGAUUGGAGAUUCGGCAGUGGGGAAAUCCCAAUUGCUGGCUAGGUUCGCAAGGAAUGAAUUCAAUUUGGAAUCGAAGGCCACCAUUGGGGUUGAAUUCCAGACAAAGACUCUUGUUAUUGAUAAUAAAACGGUCAAAGCCCAGAUUUGGGACACGGCAGGCCAAGAGAGGUACAGAGCAGUAACAAGUGCCUAUUACCGAGGUGCAGUCGGUGCGAUGUUGGUCUAUGACAUGACAAAACGUCAAUCCUUUGAUCACAUUGCUAGGUGGCUAGAGGAACUCAGGGGACAUGCUGAUAAGAACAUUGUUAUAAUGCUGAUCGGCAACAAGUGUGAUUUAGGAACACUUCAAGCAGUUCCGACAGAAGAUGCCCAAGAGUUCGCUGAAAGAGAGAAUUUAUACUUUAUGGAGACAUCAGCGCUCGAGAAGACUAAUGUUGAAAGCGCAUUUAUGACCAUUCUGACAGAAAUAUACCGGAUCAUAAACAAGAACACCCUCACCGCUGGUGAUGGAUUGGAUUAUGCGAAGUCCGCAUCUCUGAAGGGUACUAGAAUCAUUGUCCCUGGUCAAAAUUCUGAUCCUAAUGCAAGAAAAUCCGGAUGUUGCAUGACCUCGUGA